GCCCCACCAGUCCACCACAGAGAUCGAGUGGGUUGCUUUAGCUUCAAGUAAAAUUCAGACGAGGGAAAUACUAUGUCCAAACUGGUUCAGAAAAUAUAGAGAAUCUCUUGAGCCGAAACCUCUGCUCAUUCAUGAGAACACAGAUACGCGAGAUGGAACCCUCGAGUGAUCUGCCUGGUACAUAAAAGGACUUGGUUGGUCAAUGGUGAUGAACAAGAAUGACCAACAACAUCUAUCCAGAGCUACGUGGCCCUCACAAUGUUUAAUUAUUCUAGAAUCAUUCUUAGGAGUUCGUGUGUGAGUUUAGGGCUUUACGCCAAACAAGCCAUUAGGAAGACUAAACUUAAAAAGAAGUCAAACUCCUCGUGGUGCAGGCUCAAGGCUCAUAAAACUUAAUUAUAGGAAGAAGAUACCACAGAACUGAAAAACAGUCAGAGGAAAUGGCGGCAAAUAGAACCUUGAUCGGCGAACAGGGUUAUGAUCGAGCUGAAGAAGUGAAGCAAUUUGACGAGUCCAAGCUCGGAGUCAAAGGCCUCGUCGACUCGGGUCUCUCCUCCAUCCCCCGAAUCUUUAUCCACCCGCCCGAAAUAUUACAGCAAUUCCAGCCCACGACCCGACCCAACGCCCAACCAAUCCCCACCAUCGACCUCUCCGACCUCCACUCCGAUCGCCGUUCCUCCAUCGUCGACCAAGUCAGCGGCGCGUGCCGCAACUUCGGUUUCUUCCAGAUCACCAACCACGGCAUACCGUCGGUGGUUCUCGACCGUACGAUCGCCGCCGUCAAGGCCUUCCACGAGCAGCCUACGGAAGUCAAAGCGCGGUUCUACCGUAGAGAGAUGAUAGGCCAUGGCGUAACGUAUCUAUCCAACGUUGACCUGUACACCUCCAAAGCCGCCAGCUGGCGCGACACGCUUCAGGUGAGGCUCGGCCCUUUGCUGGAGGCCGCCGACGACGUUCCGAAGAUUUGUAGGGACGAAAUAGUUGAGUGGGACCGGGAGAUCCGACGGCUGGGAGAGGAGCUUCUGGGGCUGGUGAGUGAAGGGCUGGGAUUGCGCGCGGAGAAGCUGAAGGAGAUGACGUGUCUGGGUGGGAGGGCGAUGGUGGGCCACUACUACCCGCCCUGCCCGCAACCUGAUCUAACGGUUGGGCUUACUUCACAUAGUGAUCCGGGAGUCUUGACCGUGCUGCUUCAAGAUCAUAUUGGUGGAUUGCAGGUUAAGCACGAUGGUGCUUGGGUGGAUGUGAAACCUGUCCCCGGUGCUCUUGUGAUCAACGUUGGUGAUUUACUCCAGAUUAUUUCAAAUGAGGAAUACAAAAGUGUCGAUCACCGGGUGUUGGCAAAUCCACACCACGAGCCACGUGUUUCGAUGGCCGUGUUUUUAAACCCGAGCAACAGAGAGGGGGUGUUUGGUCCGUUGCCAGAGUUCAUCUCACCGGAGAAGCCCGCUCUCUACAAAGAGUUUAAGUUUUCGGAAUUCCUAUUGAGGUUCUUCAAGAAAGAAUUGAAUGGCAAAUCUUUGGUAAAUUACUAUAAGCUGCAGUGAAGACCAACUAACCUUUGUUAAGGAUAUUAUUCCAAAUUUCAAUUCCAACGUACUUGAUUCGAGUUAAUGUGUGAGGGUGAAAAUUUUCAUUUUACCUCUUUGAUCAUUAUAUGUCCUAAAUUAUUCGUGCCUCUAUACUUUUAAUUUCA